GGGCGGUGACGUGGAGUCUGCUCCGGCUGUCGCUUCUGCUUCGGGUCGCGGAGGCUAGCAGGCCCGAAGAUGCUCACCAAGUUCGAGACUAAGUCGGCCCGCGUCAAAGGGCUGAGCUUUCACCCUAAGCGGCCUUGGAUCUUAACAAGUCUGCACAAUGGAGUGAUCCAGCUCUGGGACUACCGGAUGUGUACACUCAUUGACAAAUUUGAUGAACAUGAUGGCCCUGUCAGAGGGAUUGAUUUCCACAAACAGCAGCCGCUCUUUGUGUCUGGAGGGGACGACUACAAAAUUAAGGUUUGGAAUUACAAGCUGCGUCGCUGUCUCUUCACCUUGUUGGGCCACUUGGAUUACAUCCGCACCACGUUCUUCCAUCAUGAAUACCCUUGGAUACUGAGUGCUUCUGAUGAUCAAACCAUUCGGGUUUGGAACUGGCAGUCCAGAACCUGUGUUUGUGUGCUGACUGGACACAACCAUUACGUGAUGUGUGCUCAGUUUCACCCUUCGGAGGACCUGGUGGUAUCAGCCAGCUUGGAUCAGACUGUGCGCGUUUGGGAUAUUUCUGGCCUGAGGAAGAAGAACCUCUCCCCGGGAGCCGUGGAGUCGGAUGUUAGGGGAAUCACUGGAGUAGAUCUCUUUGGCACCACUGAUGCAGUGGUGAAGCAUGUCCUUGAGGGGCACGACCGUGGUGUGAACUGGGCCGCUUUCCAUCCCACCAUGCCCCUCAUAGUUUCGGGGGCUGACGAUCGGCAAGUCAAGAUCUGGCGGAUGAAUGAGUCGAAAGCCUGGGAGGUAGACACCUGCCGCGGACACUACAACAACGUCUCUUGCGCCGUGUUUCACCCCCGCCAGGAACUCAUCCUCAGCAACUCUGAGGACAAGAGCAUCCGUGUCUGGGAUAUGUCUAAGCGCACGGGAGUCCAGACUUUCCGCAGGGAUCACGACCGCUUUUGGGUGUUGGCAGCUCACCCCAACCUCAACCUCUUUGCUGCAGGACAUGAUGGCGGCAUGAUUGUCUUCAAGCUGGAGCGCGAGCGGCCGGCAUACGCUGUGCACGGCAACAUGCUCUACUACGUGAAGGACCGCUUCUUGCGACAGCUGGACUUCAACAGCUCCAAAGAUGUUGCCGUAAUGCAGCUGAGGAGCGGCUCCAAGUUCCCUGUGUUCAACAUGUCCUACAACCCUGCAGAGAACGCCGUCCUCCUCUGCACGAGAGCCAGUAAUCUGGAGAACAGCACCUACGACCUGUACACCAUUCCUAAGGAUGCUGAUUCCCAGAAUCCUGAUGCUCCUGAAGGGAAACGCUCCUCUGGGCUGACAGCUGUGUGGGUAGCUCGGAACCGCUUUGCCGUCUUGGAUCGGAUGCACUCGAUUCUGAUCAAGAACCUGAAAAAUGAGAUCACCAAGAAGGUCCAGGUUCCCAACUGCGAUGAGAUUUUCUACGCUGGGACUGGGAACCUGCUGCUGAGAGAUGCUGAUUCCAUCACCCUCUUUGAUGUGCAGCAGAAACGGACUCUGGCCUCUGUCAAGAUCUCCAAGGUGAAAUACGUCAUCUGGUCAGCUGACAUGUCCCACGUGGCUCUCCUGGCAAAGCAUGCCAUCAUGAUUUGCAACAGGAAGCUGGAGUCGCUUUGUAACAUCCAUGAGAACAUCCGGGUCAAGAGCGGCGCCUGGGACGAGAGCGGGGUCUUCAUCUACACCACAAGCAACCACAUCAAAUACGCCGUUACCACCGGAGACCACGGGAUCAUCCGCACCCUGGACUUGCCUAUCUACGUGACGCGAGUGAAGGGGAACAACGUCUACUGCCUGGAUCGCGAAUGCCGCCCCCGAGUCCUGACCAUUGACCCGACAGAGUUCAAGUUCAAGCUGGCUCUCAUCAACCGGAAGUAUGACGAGGUGCUCCACAUGGUGCGGAACGCCAAGCUGGUGGGCCAGUCCAUCAUCGCCUACCUCCAGAAGAAGGGCUACCCUGAAGUUGCACUCCAUUUUGUGAAAGACGAGAAGACUCGGUUCAGCUUGGCUCUCGAAUGCGGCAACAUUGAGAUUGCUCUGGAGGCAGCCAAAGCCUUGGAUGAUAAGAACUGUUGGGAAAAACUGGGGGAAGUGGCCUUGCUCCAAGGGAACCACCAGAUCGUGGAGAUGUGCUACCAGCGCACCAAGAACUUCGACAAGCUCUCCUUCCUGUACCUUAUUACGGGCAAUCUGGAGAAACUGCGCAAAAUGAUGAAGAUAGCCGAAAUCCGGAAGGACAUGAGCGGCCACUACCAGAAUGCCUUGUACCUUGGGGACGUGGCGGAGAGGGUGAGGAUCCUGAAGAACUGUGGACAGAAGUCCCUGGCCUAUCUGACAGCUGCAACCCAUGGCUUAGAUGAGGAAGCAGAGAGCCUGAAAGAGACCUUCGACCUGGAAAAGGAAACGAUCCCAGAGAUAGACCCCCAUGCACAAUUGCUCCAGCCGCUUGCUCCCAUCAUGCCCCUGGACACCAACUGGCCUCUGCUCACUGUCUCCAAGGGCUUUUUUGAAGGCACAAUUGCCAGCAAAGGCAAAGGAGGCGCGUUGGCUGCUGACAUCGAUAUAGACACAGUAGGCACCGAAGGCUGGGGAGAAGAUGCUGAGCUGCAGCUGGAUGAAGAUGGCUUUGUGGAUGCUGGGGAAGGUUUUGGAGACGAAGCCCUGGCUAAAAGCCAAGAGGAAGGAGGUGGGUGGGAAAUCGAAGAGGACCUGGAUCUUCCCCCUGAACUGGAUGUUCCUGGUGGUCUCGCUGGAGAGGCAGAAGACGGCUUCUUUGUGCCGCCCACCAAAGGCACCAGCCCUGCACAGGUCUGGUGCAACAAUUCCCAGCUUCCAGUUGAUCAUAUCCUUGCUGGCUCUUUUGAGACAGCUAUGAGGCUUCUCCAUGACCAGGUGGGAGUGGUCACAUUUGCCCCCUACAAACAGCUGUUCCUGCAGACCUACGCCCGGGGGCGCACCACAUACCAGGCUCUUCCCAGCCUCCCCACCAUGUAUGGAUACCCCCAUCGCAACUGGAAGGAUGCUGGCUUGAAAAACGCGCUCCCGGCCGUGGGACUGAAAUUGAAUGACUUGAUCCAGCGGCUGCAGCUGUGCUACCAGCUCACCACAGCUGGCAAAUUUGAGGAGGCUGUGGAGAAGUUCCGCUCCAUCCUCUUAAGUGUGCCGCUGCUUGUGGUGGACAACAAGCAGGAGAUCGCAGAGGCGCAGCAGCUGAUCGCCAUCUGCCGAGAGUACAUUGUGGGGCUGUCCAUGGAGAUUGAGAGGAAGAAGCUGCCCAAGGAGACCCUGGAAGAGCAGAAGCGCAUUUGCGAGAUGGCCGCCUACUUCACCCACUCCAACCUGCAGCCCGUCCACAUGAUCCUCGUCCUUCGCACGGCGCUCAACCUCUUCUUCAAGCUCAAGAACUUCAAGACGGCUGCCACCUUCGCUCGCCGCCUCCUGGAACUGGGGCCCAAACCGGAAGUGGCUCAGCAGACACGCAAAAUCCUAACCGCGUGCGAGAAGAACCCCAGCGACGCCUACCAGCUCAACUACGACAUGCACAACCCUUUCGACAUCUGUGCGGCCUCCUACCGGCCCAUCUAUCGGGGCAAACCGGUGGAAAAGUGUCCGCUCAGCGGAGCUUGCUACUGUCCUGAGUUUCACGGCCAGAUUUGCAGAGUCACAACUGUAACGGAGAUCGGCAAGGAUGUCAUUGGCUUAAGAAUCAGCCCCCUGCAGUUCCGCUGAGGCUGUCCUGUGACCAAGCAGCUUUCUACAGGCAUCCAGUUUUUUCAAGUUCUACUUUCGGCUGCUGACCCUUGUACCUCCCCUUUUCUGCUACCAUGAAUACGCCCCCUUUCCACCUGUGCUCACCAGGCCCUCUUUGGAGCUGUUCAGAAGUGAAUCCUCAGUCUCAAGUGUGCAGUCACAGCUCCCUCCACCCCUUUCCACGAGAAUCUGGGGGAUGGAAUGGGCCCCUCCCAGGAUCCUCCCAACUUUCCUGGAUGUUUGUUGGGGAUCAGGACUCGAAGAUGCUACCAGAGACUGCAGUAAUUGAGUUGUCUAUUCAUUAGAAGAGGCAUUUGAGGUUUUGUAUCUCAUAUGCAGGGGGCCAAAGAGUGAGGGGCUGAAACUCUACUCCACUCCUUUUUGUAUUCUUCCCCCUCCCCC